GCGCCGGGUGCGAGGCCGCGGCGGUCUUUGCGCCUGCGCGCGGCCGCAACCGCCAGUCAGCUCUCUUCCCCUACUCUUCCUCCCCUUUCCCCUCUCCCCCUCCUCCUCUGCCUCCUAGAGCGAGACGCCAACAUGGAGCCUGAGGACCUGCCGUGGCCGGGCGAGCUCGAGGAGGAGGAGGAGGAACAGGCGGAGGAGUCUGCGAACCAGGAAGAGGACGAGGUGGUCGAGGUGGUGAAGGAGGUGGAGGAAGGGGAGGGGCGGGAGCUGGACUCGGACUUUAAUUACGAGAGCCAGCCACGGGAGAGCACGGACGACGAAGACGACGAGGAGGCCAAGGCCUGGCUGCAGGCGCACCCCAGCGGGAGUUUGCUUUCGUCGUCGCGCCCGAGCCACCGCUUCUUGGAGGACGAGCGGACCGGCCCGGAGAAGGUUGUUCCAUUGACCUGUCAUGUAUGGCAACAGUCACUAUAUCAAGACAAUAGUGGUAUACAGAUUUCUGAUGCUAAUGUAGUCUCUGUGAAAAAAACAGCUCAGUGGGAUUCUGGAGAUGAUCAGAGAACAGAAUCUUGGCAUUGUCUUCCUCAAGAGAUGGAUUCUUCCCACACUUUGGAUACAACCCACACCAGUUUUAAUAUCAGAGAGGAAAGGACCAAAGUGACAGGCUUCCCCUCUCUGGAGGAAGGUAUAUUGACCCAAGCGGAAAAUCAAGUAAAGGAACCCAAGAGAGAUCUCUUAUGUUCACCGCUGCUAGUCAUACAAGACAACUUUGCUUCUCCUGGUUUGCCUUUGCUGACAUGUUUGACACAAGAUCAAGAGUUUGGGUCUGAUUCCUUAUUUCAACAAAGUGAACUAGAUUUUGCACCUCUGAGGGGAAUUCCUGGUAAGUCUGAAGAUACUGAAAGGUUUUCUCGACCGUCGGAAGUUAGUGAAGCUGUAUUCCAGGCAGCCUCAGAAGUAGCUUCAGGCUUAGUUAACAGUUGCAUUAGUGUAUCUCAGCACUCACUUCUAGGUAGUGCAGCUGUUGGGUCUCAGCGCUCCUUUUUACCUCCUGAACAAGGGACUAAAGAAGACACUGUUUCGUCUGAUACAGAUGAUGAACUGCAAACCUCCGAAGACUUCGAUAGUUGUAAUGCUCUGUGUUCAUAUGUGGCAUGGAAGACACAAGAAGUUCAGGAGCCAGAAACCAGUUUAGCUGAUGAAGGUCAAGUUUCAGUUUCAGCUUCAUCUGAUACAAGCGAUGAAUACAUGACUUCUAAAGAAAGUGACAGUUUUGAUGAUUCUUAUUCAUAUGUGCAGUAUCGGAAACAGAAAGCUUUACAGCAGUCAGAAAAAUAUUUAACCAGUAAGGAUCAUGAUUCUUACUCAGAUUCAUCUGACACAAUUGAUAAAAAUAAAAUUCCUGAGGGAAGUGACAGUUUUAGUGCCCACUUUUCAUGUAUGCCAUGGAACAAACAGGAAACUUCACACCAUCCAGAAACAUAUGUGAUCAGUAAGGACCGUGUUUCUUUUCCACAUGAAGUUGCUCCUCGUUUUAAUAACAAAAUGUCACAUUCUGUCUUGUGUUGUCUGUUGGAAAGAAGAGGAGAGGGCAUUCCCUUGACAGCUAGUAGUCAUUUUUUUGACAGUGUUUAUUUAAAGGCUCCAGCUGAGAAUGAGGUGAAAGACAUGAUGGAUUCUUUGGAGGGGUGUGAAAGAAAUGAAGAAGGUCAGGGGAAAGAAUUAUCUCAAGGUUUUGAACUAAAGGAGAGUAGAAGUACCUUAGUAUUUUCAGAGGUGCAUCCCAGAUCUUCAGAAAUACAGUCUAUUAAGAGUGUUGUAGUUCCUGAUAAUUCUAUACAAGUUUCAGAAAUACAUAUACACUGUAGGGGACCAGAUACCUCUAAGAUGGAGGUGUCUGGUGGUCCUCUUCAGACUCUUAAAUCCAACUUGGAUGAGACAUCAGAACAACUUUAUUUUCAAGGGGAAAGAGACCGAAAGGCAACUUCUGCUUUUAGUGGAAAAAGUGUUGAUGCUUCUGAAAAUGUAGCCUUUGAGGCAGUUAUUGCCUCUAUUGAGCCUUCCAAGAAAGAAAGUACAGUAAAUGAAAUCCAAACUGACAUCAAUAAGUCUUUAAUAAAUAAUAGCCAAGAAAGUGAAUCAAAAAAUCCAUAUCUUUCCCUAUUAAAUUAUAAUGAUGAAAGCUCUUUCUUUGAUAAGCUUAGUCAUCCAUGUUAUGAGUCCACUCCUAGGGUGUUUGAAUUAGCAGCUUCAAAACCAUUGUUGCUUAAAAAAGAUAAUGGUGAUAGUUCCCUCUAUUGGCAUCCUAAUUUAAAGUCACUCCCCAGUGCUCCUCAGGAAAUGUUUAUUAAGCCACUUUUUCUUAUUCCAGAGUGGAAGUCAUCUGCUUCUUUGUGUGAAAAAUCUCACAGCCAGGCUGUUGGUCUUGGCACAGCACAGUCAGCUUUAUUUCAGUGUGAUAUAGGCAAUGAACCAUUUCUUCCCAUUGGGAAGAUAGAGUCUGUUCCUGUUCUUGACCUUACAGGGAAGGUAGGAUCUUCAAACAUUUUUUAUCCGUUGAAAGUAUGGACUUCAGAUUCGUUGGUUUUACAAGAUUUAAAGCAGCAAACCUUGGAAGAAGUUGCAGAUUCCUCAAACUAUAUUUUGGGUAAGAAUAUAAACUCUAGUAACAUCAUUGAAAGUCCAUCUGCAGGAUGGACUGUAGGAAGCAGCUUUUCAGCAAACUUGGUGACAUGUGAUGCAAAGUCACAAGGUACUUUACCAGUGACCAGUAACGCAUCAUCAGUUGCAGUUGGCCAAGAGACGUUGCUGAAAGCUGAUGUAGGCCAAGAUAAAAUUCCUCGGCCUGUGGGAGCCAAGUCCAGUUUCAUUAUACAUACAAUUAUGCAAAAUGACUCCUGUUUUAUAGAGGGGCUGCAGGUGAAGGCUGAAUCUGACGUCUGUACUCUGGAUGAUGAUACUGAAUCCUGUAGCCUAGAUGAAAAUGCUGUUGUACGCAGUACAAGAGUUGCUGAUCUACAAAGAGAGGUAUGUGACCAAGGAGACCUGACUGGAGAGUACAUUGAGCUAGCAGGUUUAAAAAAUGUGCUUGAUGAUCUAGAGGUUUGUGACAGAUUUCUGCACUGGCAAUCUGCCUUACAACUGUCAUCUAAGCAAGAGAGUGAUUUUCAGGAGCUUGUAGAUCAUUCCAAUACGGACAUUAAUCAGUCUUUUUCAUCUGUAUUGCCUCCAUUUGUUCCUCAUGAGCUAACCAGAGAGUUGGAGUAUCACUAUUCAGAUCUCAGAAUGUUGAGGGUAUCUCCCGACACUGUGCAAAAGACUCUCAAACAUUUAGCAGGAGAUACUUCUAAAGGAGGCACAGCUGAAAUUACUCAGUCCACCUUGAAACCAGGCAUCGCUACUACUCCUAGAGAUUCAGAUAUUGGAUCUCAUUUAUCCUUGUUCCCUGAGGACUUUCCUCAGUUGGCUUUAAGGUUUCCUCAAGAGACUACUAUUGGUCCACAUACUGAUAUAGUCAGCCAACAAGCACUGGAUAGUCAUACAACUGAAAAGACUCUAAAAGUUUCAACUGUUCAUGAACUAGCUGACCAGAAGACUGGAAUAUCAACAGUGCCCUCUAGUUCCUACUCACAAAGAGGGAAGCCUGGUAUUUUCUGCUUACAGUACUUGCCAGAUCGUCAUCUAACUGAAGAGGCUCCAAAAGUUUUGGCUGUUCCGGGACCUGCUGACCAGAAGACUGGCAUACCGACAGUCUUUCCAAGUUCCUACCCACUUGGAGAGAAGUACAGUAUUUUCUACGCGCAGGCCUUGCCAGACAGUUAUGUAACUGAAGAGGCUCUGAAAGUUUCAGCUGUUCCUGUAUCUGCUGACCAGAGGACUGAGAAAAUAACAGUACCUUCUACUUCCUAUUUACAAAGAGAAAAGCAUGUUAAUUUUUCCCAGCAACAGUCGUCAGAUAGUCAUCUAACUGAACAGGCCUUGAAAGUUUCAGUUGUGUCUGGACCAGCUGGUGAAAACACUGGGAUACCUAUAUUACCUUCAAUUUCCUCCUCACUUGGAGAGAAGCCCAGUGUCUUUUACCAGCAGGCCUUGCCAGAUAGUCAUUUAAUUGAACAGGCUCAGAAAGUUUCAGCUAUUCCUGGACCAGUUGAUCAGAAGACUAGGAUACCUGCAGCAUCCUCUACUUACUACUCAUAUGGAGAAAGGCCCCAAAUUUUCUAUCAACAGACAUUGCCAGAAAGUCAUCUACCUGAACAGGCUCUGAAAUUUUCAGCUGCUUCUGGAUCUAAUGAACAGAAGACUCGGAUACCAACGGUAACCUCUACUCCUUAUUCACUUAGAGAGAAGCCCAAUCUUUUCUGCCAACAGGAGUUGCCAGAUAGUUCUCUAACGGAACAGGCUCAGAAAGUGUCACCUGUUCCUGGACCUGCUGAGCAGAAGACUGGGAUACCAACCCUAACCUCUGCUUCCUAUUCACAUAGAGAGAAGCCCGAUCUUUUCUGCCAACAGGAGUUGCCAGAUAGUUCUCUAACUGAACAGGCUCAGAAAGUGUCACCUGUUCCUGGACCUGCUGAGCAGAAGACUGGGAUACCAACCCUAUCCUCUACUUCCUAUUCACUUAGAGAGAAGCCCAGUCUUUUCUAUCAACAAGAGUUGCCAGAUAAUCCUCUAACUGAACAGGCCCAGAAAGUUCUAGCUAUUCCUGGACCAGAUGACCAGAACACUGGGAUAUCAAUAGGGUCCUCUAGGCCCUACUCACUUGGAGAGCAACCCAAUAUUUUCUCCCAGCAGGUAUUACCAGAUAGUCAUCUAACUGAAGAGACUCUGAAAGCUUCAUCUGCUCCUAGACCAGGUGACGCAAAGACUGGGGUACCAACAGUACCCUCUAGUUCUUACUCACCUAGGGAGAAGUCCGGUAUUUUCUACCAACAGGUCUUACCAGGCUGUCAUCUAUCUGAAGAGGCUCUGAAAGUUUCAGUUGCUACUGUACCAGCUGAAAUAAAGAGCGGGUUACCAUCAGAAGCCUCUAAUUUCUACACAGAGAGAGAGAAGACCAGUAUUUUCUACCAACAGGAGUUGCCAGACAGUCAUCUAACUGAACAGGCUCAGAAAGUGUCACCUGUUCCUGGACCUGCUGAGCAGAAGACUGGGAUACCAACCCUAACCUCUGCUUCCUAUUCACAUAGAGAGAAGCCCAGUCUUUUCUAUAAACAAGAGUUGCCAGAUAGUUCUCUAACUGAACAGGCUCAGAAAGUGUCACCUGUUCCUGGACCUGCUGAGCAGAAGACUGGGAUACCAACCCUAACCUCUACUUCGUAUUCACUUAGAGAGAAGCCUAGUCUUUUCUAUCAACAAGAGUUGCCAGAUAAUCCUCUAACUGAACAGGCCCAGAAAGUUCUAGCUAUUCCUGGACCAGAUGACCAGAACACUGGGAUAUCAAUAGGGUCCUCUAGGCCCUACUCACUUGGAGAGCAACCCAAUAUUUUCUCCCAGCAGGUAUUACCAGAUAGUCCUCUAACUGAAGAGACUCUGAAAGCUUCAUCUGCUCCUAGACCAGGUGACGCAAAGACUGGGGUACCAACAGUACCCUCUAGUUCUUACUCACCUAGGGAGAAGUCCGGUAUUUUCUACCAACAGGUCUUACCAGGCUGUCAUCUAUCUGAAGAGGCUCUGAAAGUUUCAGUUGCUACUGUACCAGCUGAAAUAAAGAGCGGGUUACCAUCAGAAGCCUCUAAUUUCUACACAGAGAGAGAGAAGACCAGUAUUUUCUACCAACAGGAGUUGCCAGACAGUCCUCUAACUGAACAGGCUCAGAAAGUGUCACCUGUUCCUGGACCUGCUGAGCAGAAGACUGAGAUAUCAACAGUAACCUCUGCUUCUUACUCACAUAUAGAAAAGCCCUUUAUUUUCUACCCACAGGACUUGCCAGACAGUCAUCUGUCUCAAGAAUCUCUAAAAGUUACAGCUGUUUCUGAACCAGUUGACAAGAAGACUGGAAUACCAGUAGUCCCCUCCACUUCCUACUCGCAGAGAGAGAAGCCCAUUAUUUUUUAUCCACAGGCCAUACCAGAUAUUCAUCUCACUGAAGAGGCUCUGAAAGUUUCAGCCAUAUCUGGAUCAGCUGACUGGAAGACUGGAAUACCAACAGUAUCCUCUAUUUCCUCCUCACAUACAGAAGAGCCUGUUAGUUUUUCCCUACAGGCCUUGGCAGGCAGCCUUCUACUUGAAGAAGCUCUGAAAGUUUCAGUUCUUCCUGGACCAGCUGACCAGAAGGCUGGGUUAUCAUCAGAACCUUCUAGUUCCUACUCACAUGGAGAGAAGCCCAUUAUCUUCUACCCACAGGGAUUGACAGAUAGCCAGGUACCUCAGGAGACUUUGGAAGUUUCAGCUGUUCCUGGACCAGCUGCCCAGAAGACUGGCUUGCCAUCAGAACUUUCUAGCUCCUACUCACAUAGAGAGAAGCCCAUUAUUUUCUCCUCACAGGGUUUGACAGAUAGCCAGAUACCUCAGGAGGCUCUGAAAGUUUCAGCUGUUCCUGGACCAGCUGACCAGAAGACUGGGUUGCCAUCAGAACCUUCUGGCUCCUACUCACAUAGAGAGAAGCCCAUUAUCUUCUACCCACAGGACUUGACAGACAGCCAGGUGCCUCAGGAGGCUGUGAAAGUUUCAGCUGUUCCUGGACCAGCUGACCAAAAGACUGGGUUGCCAUCAGAACCUUCUAGUUCCUACUCACUUGGAGGGAAGCCUAUUAUUUUCUACCAGCAGGCCUUAUCAGAUAGACAUCUCACUGAAGACGCUGUUAAUAUUUCAGCUUCUCCUGGACCAGCAGACCAAGAGACUGGGGUAUCAACAGUACCUUCUAUCUCUUACUCUCAUAUAGAGAAGCCAAGUAUUUUGUACCAACAGCCUUUGUCAGACAGUCAGCUCGCUGUAGAAGUUCUGAAAGUGUCAGCUGUUUCUGGGCCAGGUGACCAGAAGACCAGAAAACCAACAGUUACCUCCACUUCGUACUCACAUAGAGAGAAAGAGAAGCCCGUCAUUUCUUAUCAGCAAGAAUUGCCAGAUCUUACUCAAGAUGCUUUAAAAGUUUUAAAGGUUCCUGGACUAGGUGGCCAGAAGACUGGAAUACCAGCAGUAACUUCUACUUUUUACUCACAUAGAGAGAAGCCUAUCAUUUCUUACCAUCAGGAGUUGUCAGAUCCUAAUGAAGGUGCUUUAAGAGUUUUAGGCACUCCUGGGCCAGCUGACCAGAAGACUGGGAUACAAAUUGGGCCCUCCACUUCCUAUUCACAUAGAGAGAGCCCCAUCUUUUCUUACCAGAAGGAGUCAUCAGAUAUUACUGAAGAAACUUGGAAAGUUUCACCUGUUUCUGGACCAGCUAACCAGAAGACUGAGAUACAUAUAAUCCCCUCUAGUUCCUACUCAUACAGAGAGAAGGACAGUAUUCUUUACCAGCAGGAGCUUCCAGAUGUUACUGAAAAAGUUUUAAAAGAUUUUGCUCUUCCUGGACCUGCUGACCAGAAGACUGAAAUACCAACAGGACCUUCUAGCUCUUACUCACAUAAAGAGAAACUCAAGAUUUCACCUGUGAUUUUACCAGAUGUCCAGAAGACUGAGUUUCUAACAGCUCCCCCUAGUUCCUACUCAAAAAGAGAAAAACCCAAAAUUUCAACUGUGAGUGGACCAGAUGACCAGAAGACUCCGUUACCGACAGUUUUUCAUAAUUCCUGUUCUCAGAAUUUUGAGAUUGAGGAUAUUCUGAAGAUUUCACCUGUCCCUGAGCCCAUUGUUGUGAAUUCUGGGAUACCAAUACCUCUUUCUAGUUCCUCUUCCCACAGAGAGAAAUCUAAUAUUUUCUACCCACAGGAAUUGCCAGACAAACAUUUAGCUGAAGAUGCACUGAACGUUUCAACAAUUCCUGUACCAGCUGACCAGAAAAGUCUGUUACCAACAGCUCCUCCUCGUUCCUUUUCACACAGAGAGAAACCAAAUAUAUUCUACCAACGAGAUUUUCCAGAUAGACAUCUACCUGAAGAUUCUGUGAUGUUCUCACGUGGUCUUGGGCAAGCUGAUCAGAUUACUGGUUUAUCAACAGUUACUCCUGGUACUUAUUCACAUAGUGAGAAGCAGAAACUUGUUUCAGACCAUGUUCAAAUGCUAAUAGAUAAUUUGGAUUCUCCUAACUCCAGUAUUAUCUCAAGCAGUAUGCCUUUAAGUUCUCAGGCUGAUGGUAGAGUUAUAAUAAGUAAGCCAGAAUCUUCAGGUUUUGAAGAUGUUGGCUCUGUGGAAAUUCAAGAUACAAGCAAUAGUUCCAAAACUCUUAAAGAGAUUCGGACCCUUUUAAUGGAGGCAGAAAAUAUAGCACUGAAACGAUGCAAUUUUCCUGCUCCUCUUGUCCCUUUCCGAGAUGUUAGUGAUAUUUCAAUUAUACAAUCUAAGAAGAUGGUUUGCUUCAAAGAGCCCCUCACAGCUGCUGAAUCUGAUAGUGAUUUGCCUCGGAGACAGCCAUUUACAGAGGAAAGCCCAAGCAACAAGUGCAUACAGAAAGAUAUUAGCACACAGACAAAUCCGAAAUGCCAGAGAGGCAUUGAGAACUGGGAGUUUAUUAGUUCAACCACACUUAGAAGUCCUCUACAAGAAGCAGAAAGCAAAGCCGGAGUGACGUUAGAUGAAACCCUUCGACAGUAUAGAGCAGCCCAAUCCGUAAUGAGAUCUGAACCUGAAGGGUAUAGUGGAACCAUUGGCAAUAAAAUUGUUAUCCCUAUGAUGACUAUCAUUAAAAGUGAUUCAAGUAGUGAUGCCAGUUCCUGCUCAUGGGACAGUAAUUCCUUGGAGUCAGUUUCUGAUGUUCUUCUAAAUUUCUUUCCAUGUGCUUCACCCAAGACAAGUUUGACAGAUAGCAGAGAAGAAGAAAGUGUGUCAGAGAGUGAUGAUUGUGGUGGUAGCAAUGUAGAUUCACUGGCUGCACAUGUCAAAAACCUUCUCAAGUGUGAAUCCUCAUUGAAUCAUGCUAAACAAAUACUCAGAAAUGCAGAGGAAGAGGAAUGUCGAGUCCGAGCACGAGCUUGGAAUCUGAAAUUUAAUCUGGCUCAUGAGUGUGGCCACUCCAUUUCAGAAUUAAAUGAAGCUGACAGGAAAAAAGUAGAAGAGAUCAAAGCAGAGUUGUUCAGUCAUGGGAGAACAGCUGACUUGUCCAAGGGUUUGCUGAGUCCACAGGGAAUAAGAUGCAACCCAGAAGCUGUAUGUGGUCACAUCAUUAUUGAGAGCCAUGAAAAAGGAUGUUUCAGGACUUUAACUGCCAAACAACCACAAUUGGAUAGCCACCCUUAUGUUUUCAGACCUGCUGACCCCUCAGACGUUAUCAGAGGACAACGGAGUCCAUCAUCAUGGAAAACCAGACACAUCAACCUUUCCAAAUCAUUAGACCAGAGUAACCCUCAUUUCAAAGUUUGGAAUUCCUUGCAGUUACGAAGUCCUUCCCCCUUUCAGAACUUUACAGCUGAUGACUUCAGAAUUAGCCAGGGUCUUCGAAUGCCAUUCCAUGAAAAGAUAGACCCUUGGCUAUCAGAAUUAGUAGAACCUGUGCCACCCGAAGAAAUGGACUGUCAUUCUUCAUCACAUAUGCUUCCCCCAGAACCCAUGAAAAAGUUUACUACUUCCAUCACUUUUGCAUCUCACCGACACUCUAAAUGCUUUCCAGAUUCCUCUGUUCUUAAGGUUGGUGUUACUGAAGGUAGCCAGUGUACUGGAGCAUCUGUGGGGGUAUUUAAUUCUCAUUUCACUGAAGAGCAAAAUCCUCCCAGAGAUCUAGAACAGAAAACCUCUUCCCCUUCAUCAUUUAAAAUUGUCAGUCAUUCGCCAGAUACCGCUGUGACUAUUUUAGCAGAAAGUAGUAGGCAAAGUCAAAAAUUAUCUAUUGAACAUUCUCAGCAAGAAGAAAAACUCUUAGAAAGAUCAGAUUUUAAAGGCAGUGAUUCUGAGCCCAGUACCAGUGCAAAGUAUAGCAGUGUCAAAGAAGUUCAUUUUUCUGAUAACCAUACCCUCAUUAGCGUGAGCAGACCAAGUUCCACACUAGGAGUAAAAGAGAAGACUGUAGCUAUAACUCCAGAUCUUUCUUCGCACGUUUUACUUGAACGACAAGAGCUCUUUGAACAAAGCAAAGCCCCACACACAGAUCACCAUGUGAGAAAAUACCAUUCUCCCCCUCCUCAACAUCAGGAUUAUGUAGCUCCGAACCUUCCUUGUCGCAUUUUUCUUGAAAAACGAGAACUCUUUGAACAAAGCAAAGCCCCACAUUUAGAUCAUCAGAUGAGAGAAAACCAAUCUCCCUUUCCUCAAGGUCAGGAUUAUAUAGCUUCAGACCUUCCUUCUUCCAUUUUUCUUGAACAACGUCAGCUCUUUGAACAAAGCAAAGCCCCAGAUGUAGAUCACAUGGGAAAAUACCAUUCCCCCUUUCCUCAAGGUCAGGAUUAUGUAGUAGAAAAGGAUAAUCAACAUAAGUUUAAGUCAUACAUUUCUAAUAUGAUAAAUGUUGAAGCCAAGUUCGAUUCUGUGGUCUCCCAACCAGUCCCAAAUCAGUGUACAUUAGUAACAUCUGCAUCUACUCCACCCUCAAAUAGAAAAGCACUUUCUUGUGUUCGUAUAACUCUUUAUCCCAAGACUCCUUCCAAGGUGGAUAGUGGAACCUUAGAUAAAAGAUUGCAUUCAUUGGAUCCUGCUUCUAAAACAAGGAUGAAUAGUGAGUUUAACUCUGACCUACAGACUAUAUCUUCAAGAUCAUUGGAACCAACCUCCAAAUUAUUGGCCAGUAAACCUGUAGCACAGAAUCAAGAAUCUUCAGGUUUUCUAGGACUUAAAUCUUCACCGGACUUCCAAGUUGUACAGUCUCCUCUUCCAGAUAGUAAUACUAUUUCUCAGGACUUGAAAACCAUACCUUUUCAGAAUAGCCAGAUAGUAACCUCAAGGCAAACACAAGUGAACAUUUCAGAUUUGGAAGGAUAUUCCAGCCCAGAAGGGAUUCCAGUAUCUGCAGAUCGACCGUCAGGGGAGAUUAAGACCCCAUUUUCUGCCUUUUCUGGAAAAUUAUCAUCUGAUGCAGUCACUCAGAUAACAACAGAAAGUCCAGGAAAAACCAUGUUUUCAUCUGAAAUUUUUAUUAAUGCUGAAGAUCAUGGAUUUGAAAGUCCAGAGCCCAGUACCCAGAACCUGGACAAAGUUCCUGUCAAGUUUGUGUCAUCAUCUUCAGUUCAACAGAUUACUCAUCCUCAUGGCACAGAUGCCCAGCCUUCACUGUUGCCAUAUAAGCCUCCUGGUAGUACCAGGAUGUACUAUGUUCCACAAUUAAAACAGAUUCCUUCUUAUCUGGAUUCCAGAUCAGAUACCACCAUUGAGAGCUCUCACUCAGGAUCCAAUGAUGCCAUCGCUCCAGACUUCCCAGCUGAGGUGCUAGGCACCAGGGAUGAUGACCUGUCCAUCCCUGCUGACACUAAACAUAAAGAGGGGAUCUACAGUAAGAGGGCCGUGGCUAAGCCAUCCUUCCCAGUGGGGAAAAACCCCCCUCAGAAAGAUAAUGCAGAUGCCGAAGUUCAAGUUUCUGUCAGUGGGGAUGAGAGCCUUUCAGACAAAAACCAGAAAAAGGAGAUCUACAGUAAAAUGGCAGUGGCUAAGGCUGCCCAACCUGAAGAGAAAGAAUUCUUGGAGACAGCCACUGCAGGUUCUAGUGGUGCUGCUGCUGCAGAGCCCUCAGCUCGACUACAAAACAUAAAGAUUGAAAGUCCAGCAGACACUGAAGCCAUUAAACAGAAUGAGGAGAUCCAUAGUAAGAGGACAGUUCCUAAGGAAGCCUGGACAGAAGAUCAAGAAUCCUUGCAGAUAGAUAUUGCAGAGUCCAGAUGUCAUUCAGAAUUUGAAAAUACUACCCAUUCUGUCUUCAGGUCAGCCAAGUUUUACUUUCAUCAUCCAGUCCACCUACCAACUGAUCAAGAUGUUUGCCAUGAAUCCUUGGGGAGGAGUGUUUUCAUGAGGCAUUCUUGGAAAGAUUUCUUUCAGCGUCAUCCAGACAAACAAAGAGAACAUACUUGUCUUCCUUCCCCUGUUGAAAAUGUGGAAAAGACCAAGGCAGAUUAUACCAGAAUAGAGAGCCUCAGUAUCAAUGUAAACUUGGAAAACAAAGAAGUGAUGCAUUCCGCUAAAAGUCAGGCUAGAGAUUAUCCAAAAAGUGACAAACAAAUUAGUGAUCCAAAAAGGAAUCGUAAGGUCACCCCAGAGCUAACAACUCAGCACACUGUGAGUUUGAAUGAACUCUGGAACAAGUAUCAGGAGCGACAGAAACAAAAGAAACCUCCCGAGUUUAGUGACAGAAAAGAACUAUCCUUGGUGGAGCGACUUGAUCGUUUGGCUAAACUUCUUCAGAAUCCCAUCACAUAUUCUCUCUGGACCUCUGAAAGCACACAGGAUGAUAGCAGAGGGGAACGGGAUAUUAAGCAACAGCAGAAAAUCAAGCUUCAGAAAAAGAAGCGGUAUAAGAGCCUGGAGAAAUGCCAUAAAAACACAGGAGAGCUUAAAAAAAGCAAGGCGCUUUCUACUCAUCAAGCUGGGAAGUCCAAGCAGAUUAAAAUUGAACAGAUUAAAUUUGAUAAGUAUAUCCUGAGAAAACAGCCAGGUUUUCAUUAUAUAAACAACACUUCCUCAGAUUCUAGACCAUCUGACGAAAGUGAGCUGCUCACAGACACUGCCACCAACAUCCUUUCCACAACCAAUUCUCCUGUGGAAUCUGAUAUCUUGACCCAAACAGAUAAAGAGGUGACUUUGCAGGAGAGAAGCAGCUCUGUUUCCACCAUUGACACUGCCCGACUGAUCCAAGCUUUUGGCCAUGAAAGAGUUUGUCUGUCACCCAGGCGAAUUAAAUUAUACAGCAGCAUUACCGACCACCAGAGGAGAUACCUUGAGAGGCGGAGCAAGAAGAAUAAGAAAGCUUUGAAUACAGGUCAUCCCCAAAUGACUUCUGAGCACACCAGAAGGAAACACAUCCAGGUGGCAAACCAUGUGAUUUCUUCUGAUUCUAUUUCAUCUUCUACCAGUAGUUUCUGGAGCUCAAGCCCCACCCUUUGCAACAAGCAAAAUGUACAUAUGUUAAACAAGGGUGUACAAGCAGGUAACUUGGAGAUCGUGAAUGGUGUCAAAAAACACACUCGAGAUGUUGGGAUGACUUUCCCAACUCCAGGCUCUAGCGAGGCUAGAGUAGAAGAGUACAGCGAUGUGACUUCUUGGUCAGAAGAAAAAAUAGAAGAGAAAAGUCGUCUCACCAGUUAUCUUGGGGAUAAAAAGUUAAGGAAGAACAAGCAGAGUUGCAGUGAAGGAGUUUCAUGGUUUGUUCCUGUGGAAAAUGUGAAGUGUGGUCCUAAGAAGGAAAACCUGCCCAAACUUUAUGGCCCUGGUAUCUGCUGGUUUGCACCAAUAACCAACACCAAACCGUGGAGAGAGCCACUGCGGGAACAGAACUGGCAGGGACAGCACAUGGACAGCCACGGGUCACUAGCAGGCCCAGGCAGAGAUCCCCCAAGGCCAUUUGUGAAAGCAACCCUACAGGAAUCUCUUCAGCUUCACAGACCCGACUUCAUCUCCCGCUCUGGGGAGAGAAUAAAGCGUCUGAAGUUAAUAGUGCAGGAGAGGAAACUACAGAACAUGUUACAGAGUGAGCGGGAGGCACUGUUCAACACUGUCAGAGAAUGGCAAGGCUGCCAGGACCCAACACGCCGGCUCCUGAAGAGAGGCUUCCUGGAUGCCCAAAAGAACAGGCCUAUUGGAAAGAAGGAAAUGAUUCAGAGGUCUAAACGGAUUUAUGAGCAGCUUCCAGAAGUGCAGAGAAAGAGAGAAGAAGAGAAGAGAAGAUUGGAAUAUAAGUCAUACCGGCUACGAGCUCAGCUAUUCAAGAAGAGGACUCUGAAAGUCAGAAUCCAAAAGACGAGUUUAUGCCAGACCGAUGUGGGAUUGGAGAACUGCUUCUGGAGCAUACCUGGAGCUGGGCUGGGCAGGGCCCCUCGAGGAGGGGGGCCCCAGGCACCGCAUGGCCCGGCCAGUGUGUCAGCGUCACAGGCCAGGCCUCUCAUUAUACUUGUAUGUUUGAACUGAUGGAUGGAUGAGUCUAUCCAGAUCAUAAAUGAUCUGUAUCUAUAUAGACAUAAUAGGUACUGAUUAUAUACAUCAUGUUUCCUUAAUACUUCAGGAAAAAUUUUUUUUGCAUAAUUAUCAUAGUUUCUGUAGCUGGGGAAAAUAAAUGAGAUUUGGGUAGAACCUCACUGGUCUCUCAGCAACAUGUCUGGGGUGGCUGUCUGCCUCUGAUGGCAAGAGUAUCUAACUUCUCUUUCUUUUCU